UCGCGAGAUUUACACCAAAGUGACGCGAGAACUCGAAACACGGCCAUGCGCCCUCUUUCCCUCAAAAAGCAUUCAAGAUGCCUGGUGGUUGCACAGUAAAAGACGUCGAUCAAGGCGAUUUCGUGAAGGCCCUCGCGGUCUUCUUCAAGUCAGGUGGCAAGAUGAAGAUCCCUGAUUGGGUAGAUCUCGUCAAGUUGGGCAUCCACAAGGAAUUGGCACCCUACGACCAAGACUGGUUCUACACACGGGCUGCCUCAACUGCCAGACAUCUUUACUUCAGAGGCGGUGUGGGCGUUAACGCCAUGAGGAAAAUCUACGGAGGUCGCAAGCGUCGAGGUACCAGACCUAGUCAUUUCUGCCCAGGAUCAGGUUCAGUUGCCCGCAAAGUCCUGCAAGCUCUAGAAGGAGUUAACAUUGUCAAGCGUGAAGGAAACGGAGGACGUCGUCUAACCAGCCAAGGAAUCCGGGAUAUGGACAGAAUCGCUGCUCAAGUUCAAACCAAAGCCAAGGCCGUCCAGGAAUAAGCUGUAUCAAUGCUUAUAACACCUGUUACUGCACCAUCAGUUCAAUAGAACAAAACUUAUUAUCACAGACACUGGUACAAAGUUUGUCUUAAAAUCUAGCCUUUUGUGACCAUGUAUUGCAGCUUUCUAGUAUUGCUUUCUAUAUCAACCAGAAAAACUGGCUAGGUUACACUGGUUCACACUAGGUCAUGGACAAUUUUACCAAGAUGUAUUUAACUCUGUACAGCAAUUAUUUUAAGACUGCGGGUUACCAGUGUCCUCAUCAAACCAUAAUUAAUAGCGCCCUCUACUGGUCACUAUUAUGACAUAAUCCAACUGAGCUUGAAUAUUUCUGGAGAGGUUUACAUGUAAUUAAUAAAAAAACUACAGACGUGAUCUCAAA